UAUUGUAUAGCCCACAAGACCCCAGAUUAUUUAAAAAGAUGAUGUCUACAUGGACGUUGAUUUUCCUUCUUCCAACAGUUAUGGCAGUAAGUUGGCCUUCUGGUACAUAUACCUUAAUAAAGCCACAAUCUGGAUGUCCGUCUAACUGGCAAAUAGGAUGGCGACACCAAGACAACGAAGAUAAAAAUAAUCAAAAUUCUGUGAGCAGUCCUCAUCACUUUGAAGGAUCCUUUGGUAGGAACACAAAGAUGUAUUACUGUACUAAAAACACAUACAGUGGGUCAGUAUCAUGGCCGAAAGGAAAUUACUGUAUCCUCAAAUAUGGCUCAUAUUGUCCCUCUGGAUUUAGUACCGGAAGUAUUUUUUGGGAUGAUGAGGACUCUAAUAAUGCUAACGACAAAAGUGGAGUACUACCCAGUGGAACAUACGACAGAAAUACCAGGAUAAAUUACUGUUGCAGGUCUGAUGGGUCCUACAGUACCGCUAUUAGGCUUCCAACUAGUCAAGCUUUUUACCUGUUGAGAUUUACGUCAAACUGUCAAAGGGUGAUUGGGAUGAACGUAAGCGAGGAGUACGUGAAGACUGAUGACGAAGACAACAACAAUGCAAACAGCGUCAGUGGAAGCCAUCCUUUGAAAUCUGGGACAAGAAACACACAACUUCAUUACUGCUACUAUUAUUAGAAACCACUGACUUCAACAUUUUAUUUCUAACUUUUUUUCUCUUUUUUUUCUGAACUUUAUGAUUUCAAACUUGAAUAAAAGUUUCUCCUUGA